AUAUAGGUGGUACUUAUAAUAUAUUAUAGUAGGUACCUAUAUAGUGAAUACUUGGUCAAUUUUAAUAUUCUAAUUAUUCUAUAGCAACUAUUAUGGUUCAAUUCAAUAGUGUUCCGUUAGUGAAACAGGUCGGAUAUACAGAAGUUAAUGCUGCAUUUCAAAAAGAUAUAUCUCCUCUAAAAAUAGACCUUAUCUAUGGAACUUUCAGAGCGGAAGAUGGUAGUCCAUAUUUGUUUCCUGUUGUUAAGAAAGCAGAAAACAUGGUUAUAAAUGAUACUUUGACUCACAAUUACUUACCAACUACAGGACUUGAAUGUUUUUCAAAAUCAGCAAGCAAGUUAUUGUUAGGUGAUAUUGAAAAACAGUGGAAAGACGGAACGAUAUUUGGUAUUCAAUGUGUUGGUGGAACUGGAGCUUUAAAAAUAGGUGCUGAAUUCUUAUCGCGGUAUAUGAAAUGUUCAACUGUUUAUUUUCCUAAUCCAUCAUGGGAAGUGCACGGAGAACUGUUCUUAUAUAGUGGAUUUCAAAACAAAUUUCAAUAUCGUUAUUUAAACAGGGAAACUAAGUCAAUUGAUUUUGAAGGAUUUUGUGAGGAUAUUAGUAAUGCUCCAAUUGACUCGGUCGUAUUAUUGCAUGCAUGUGGUCAUAAUCCAACUGGUUUAGACCUGACUAAAGAACAAUGGAAAACCAUCGCUAAAAUAAUGAAAGAACGUGAAUUGAUACCAUUUUUCGACAUGGCGUAUCAAGGAAUAGCAUCAGGAGAUCUUGAAGAAGACACCUGGGCUAUUCGUUAUUUUUAUAGUAAAGGGUUCGAAUUUCUCUGCGCACAAUCAUUUUCCAAAAUGUUUACCAUGUAUAACGAACGAGUUGGUAACUUGGUGGUAGUACUAAAAUCUGGUUGUAAUGUUGAAAGUCUUAAGGUCCACUUCAAAACAAUCAUUAGAAAUUUCUACUCAAAUCCUCCAAACCAUGGUGCUAGAACCAUUUUAAAAAUAUUAUCUAAUCCAGAAUUAUUUAACGAAUGGUUAAGCAGUUUCAAAACUAUGAUUCUUCGAGCUAUAGAAAUAAGAAAAGCUUUUCGUAAAGCUCUCGAGGAAGAAGGUGCCCCUGGAAAAUGGAACUUUAUAACAGAACAAAAGGGAAUGUUUAUAAUGUUACACUUUUCAAAUAGUCAAGUGGAAUAUUUGAGACAUCUUUAUCAUAUUUAUAUGGUAGAUGAUGGCCGCAUGAACCUUACUGGACUGAAUUCUACAAAUAUUAGUUAUGUUGCUAAAGCGAUUAAUGAUACAUUAAGGAAAAACAUAUAAAAUAUCACUGUGUAGUACCAUCUGCCUACUUUAAAAGCUACAAUUAUAAUCUACCUGUUAACUUGUUUUGAUUUACAACAUUUCUGUAUCACGUAUGUGGAAUAUAUUUUAUGACUUAAAGUAA